UUUCUGCUUGUUUCAGGAAUGCGAUCAAGUCCAUAUUGACGAUGUGUCGUCGGAUGACAAUGGGCAGGAUUUAAGCACAUACAAUUUUAGCACAGACGGAUUCCACGCUGCUGCCACCAGUGCCAACCUGUGUCUGGCCACCGGCGUACGAGGAGGCGUGGACUGGAUGAGAAAGCUCGCGUUCCGCUACAGACGAGUAAAAGAAAUUUACACCACCUAUAAAAAUAACGUCGGAGGUCUGCUUGGCCCGGCCAAAAGGGAAGCCUGGUUGCAAUUGCGAGCAGAAAUUGAAGCCCUGACUGACUCCUGGUUAACACUGGCACUGAAAGCACUAACAUUAAUCCACUCAAGAUCAAACUGUGUGAACAUCUUAGUGACCACAACACAGCUCAUACCUGCCCUCGCCAAGGUCCUCCUGUACGGACUGGGAGUAGUAUUUCCAAUUGAAAACAUUUAUAGCGCCACUAAAAUAGGAAAAGAGAGCUGCUUCGAGAGAGUAAUCCAGAGGUUUGGGAGAAAAGUUGUUUAUGUGGUGGUGGGGGACGGUGUGGAGGAGGAGCAAGGCUCGAAAAAGCACAACAUGCCUUUCUGGAGGAUCUCUAGUCACUCUGACCUCAUGGCCCUGCACCACGCUCUGGACCUGGAGUAUUUGUAGCACUGUGACGGCCCCGUUGCUCCGUCCCCGGGCCAUUCAGGGGCCCCUGCAGACCCAGCACCAUCAGCCUGCUGCGUCGCCCGAGCGUCUGCGUUCUGAUAGCACCAGACCAAAAAAAAUAAAAAAUAAAAAAUGUUCACAUUCAAACAUACAGAGAGAGACUCAGCGUGUUGACACAUGGCCGCAAUUCGUCUUAACCCUAAACCUUUUUCGAAGUGGAGGAGAGUGAAUUUAUGGCACUGCAGCUGCUGGCCCUGGUUACUGUGAAUUGGCUUUUUUUUUUUUUUUUCCGAAGCCAUCAAAAUGUUUUACAGCCCUGUCUACGCGGGGGGACUCGGCAAGGGUUCACACCUGUGACAAAAACUGAGCUACCGAUGCCUUUGGAACUCAGCAGGACUCCGAUCCCACUGCGACUUGGUGUAAUGUUUUGUCUCUUCAUGUCUUUUUUUUAAACGAUGGUACAAAGACUGUCGGGCAAGGCCCCUUGCUUUUCUUUUUCCUCGUUUUGCCAGCUCUCCCUAUUGUCCAGGAUGUCCUUCGCUUCUUAUUUAUAAUCCCAGAGACUUUGUGGAGUGGCACUGGCCCUAAUAAAAAAAAGGCAAUUUGUUUUAGAAAGACUUGUGCCUUUUCAGAUCAAGUACUUUGAUUACUUCUUGAACAAGAAGUUUAUGGAGGAAACACGAAAAAUGGAUUUUCUAAGUAAUUUAAGGAAGAAAAAAAACUACAAAUUUAAGGAAAUGUUAUUUACAUUGCAGAGACAAUCGUGUACAGGCAUUUUUUUGUUCUGUUGUGUGUGUAAAUUUGUAAUCACUGGACUAUUCCUUCCUAUAUUGAUUAAGGUACAUGCUGUGGAAAGCUGUUUCAUGGAAGUACUUAAGUACAUAAAGGCGUUUGCGCAGUAGCUCGCGCAAAGCUUGAAAGUGUUGACGUUUUCAUUCAAUAAAUGUGUAGAUUUUGUUUUUUUGUGAUAAUUUUUUGUCAUGACCAAAAGCAUGGAUGUCACGUGUCAAUAAUUACAUUUUUUUUUUCUUUUUAGUGAUGUUUUGUUUCCUACUGCAAAAAAGUUUUAUGCUUAGAUUUUUUGUUUUCUUUCAAGUCCAUAUAUCUAAAUAUUCUUAGAUCAAGAAGCUUUUUAUAGGUAAACAAAAAAAUUUUUUUUUCAGAAAUAAUAUGCUAAUAUUAAGUUUGAGUUUUUAAUAAAAAAUGCUAAAUAAUCUGCAAAUGGGGUAAGCAAAAUAACCUUGUUUUUCCUUUUGACUUUAAAAAAUAAUUUUAUUACCCCAUUGGCAGAUUAUUUUGCUUGUUUAAAGGAAAAACUCACUUCAUUUUGGCAUAUUGUUUCUUAAAACAAGACAAUAUGUUUUGCUUGUUUAGAAAAUUCUUCUUGAUCUAAGAAUUUUUAGAAAUUUGAACUAAAAACAAGACACAAAAUCUAAGUAAGAAAAUCAUUGUUUUGCAGUGUAGUAGAUUUCUGGUGGUGAGACUGAUGAAUGGUGGAAAUUAAUUUAAGUCCAGACUGUAGCUCAAACUCCAAGGAAGAACAUAAUCAGCGUAACAUUAAUAAUACCAACAAUAAUAAUCUUCUGAAUGUCAAGCUUUCAAAACUGAGUGUAAAUGUCUGUGUUCCCUAAUAUUAUCCCGAGUCGGAGCGUCCUGGAUGGGGAAUUAAGCUUCAAUAAGCUUUUAUUAUCUUUUGUACAACAGCAACUCUUGUACAGCAAGUGUAAUUUUUGUAUGAAGUAGUCUUUUUAUUUUGAUUGUGUCCACUUGGAAAUCGCUGUAGUCGAAUUUUCAUGAUGCAUAUUGGUAGUUCUAAGGUAUCGGUGGACUGGAAACUUUAGCUCUUAGACUUUAAGAAAGCCACUACUCACUCACACCUACACACACACACAUGCAAUGGAGUUGAGAACAUACAUGUGCUAUCGACUGUGAAUUUCCCCAGCUAACUCGAUCUGUUUUUAAUUUUCCCUCCCGGCACAUGAUGAUGAUGUUCGGCUCCUGCAGGUGAGGUCGUCUUUUCUGGCCUAGUUUUUCUCAGCACAUUUACAAUUUCAGCCUUUCGUAUUGCAUCGCCCGCCACCCCUUCCCCUCCAUAUCGCCCCCAUUACUGGGGAAUCACAUUUUGCUGCUAGAUCACAGUAACAAUAGAUGUUUUCUAGAUUUACCACGGCAUUUUUUUUAAACAAAUUAUGCAAUCAUAAUGCAAACUGGAAAUAAUUUACAGUUUAUGUGGGUCUCAUUGUGAAACACAGUUUGUUGUGUCUGCAAAAAAAAAAAUAGAAAAAAAGAUGUGUACAGAUGUUUUUGACAUUUAUUAUUUGAUUGUGUUUAAAUUAAUAAAAACUGAUUUGUGAACUGUU